CAGCUACCAGCGCACAGUAAACAACCCGACGUCACUUCCGCUUUCAGGUUGACAGCAAAACAACAGAAGCAGGAGCGAUAAAAACAUCACAAACCAAGGAAACAUUUCUGGAAAGCAGCUACUGUUACAGAAUGAAGGUGCUGAGUUCACAGCAGGAGACAGAGGAGGAGAGGAGCUUAUCUCCUGUAGACUGCAACAACCACCACAGCUGUGAGGACAGAGAACAGGAGGAAGUUCCCCAAUACAACCAAGAGGAACACCCACAUGACACAAAUAAAGACCACCCCAGGCAAGAAGGAGGAGUCAUGUGGAGAGUGGGUGGCGGCCUGUUCGGCAUGACACGAAACGUCGUUGGCGCAACCCUGGGGGGUGUUGCAUGGGUAGGAACUAAAAGUUUUGAGCUCACUAAGACAGCUGUGACCAGCGUGCCGGCAGCCAGCGUAGGAUUGGUCAAAGGCAGUGUCUCCAUGGUUACAGGAAGUGUUGGGGCGGUGGGAUCUGCAGUGGCAAGUAAAGUCACACCAAGAAAGAAGGACAAAGCUGACUGAUGGACAGUGGCCUCUUGUGUGUGUAUGUGUGUGUGUAUAUAUGUGUAUGUGUGUGUAAUGCAAACAAGAGCAAAAUACCUCGAAAGCUUAGAAUGGAUUCACAGACCCCCAAAGUAAAGCAUGUAUUCACUAAUGCAGCUACAAAGAUACAAAAGCAGCUAAAUGUCAGCGUCAUCUGGAAAUCUGUUACACAAGGCGGCACCCCCAUCAGAGGUGCAAAGAAAUACUAACAAGCCAAUGUUGUUGUUUUUUUCUCCCAUACACGAGGGGGUUCAGGCAGACCUUUCUCCAGCAUCAGCUCAGCACUAAAAGGUCUAGGUCUAGCUAUGCAAGACUAGACUGCCACAGAAAAUGAAUAUGUCACUGAAAACAACUGUCAAAUUAUAGAAUGAGCGAGAGGCCGGAGACAGCCCAUCGCUUUGUAUCUGCAUGUCUGAACACACAGUUACUUGUUCCCUCAACAGCAUCUAACUGCUUGAAAAGAAAACGUUUUUGUUGAGAAUAAAAUAGAAUUUCAUUCCAACAUUUCAAGAAAUUGUCCGUAAAAGGACUGGUUAGGUAAGAGUACAAAUAGAUCCAAUGGAAAUCAAGAAUGAGUGAUAUAGCUCUACAUGCAUGGUAAUGUGGCGUCUGAGUACUGCUCAGUUUGUAUCAUCCACUUAUUAAAGACGGACGUCGCUUCUCCACUUCCUCCCACUGUAAAAAGAUAAGGCCAAAAUAUAGAAAGACAGACAGAAACCAUCUUUGGGGAAAACAUUUGGCUUUGAUUUUUUUGUUUGUCCCAUCUGCUAACAUGUAGGCAGCAGGCUUUAUGACCUAUACUGCAGUCAGCCACCAGAGGGCGAUCAAGAUGUUUUAUCUUCGCAUUACGACUAGCUGUCAUGUCCUCCAUCUUUAAUAUAUGUUUUGUAUAGGUUUGUUUUUUCUUUCUGUCACGUAGUCAGUUUCCUGACACUGUAAGUUGAGAACACUAUGCCAACUUGAAUUUAAAUUCUUUUCCAUGACAUUUUAGAUAUUGUUUUAUUUUGUCUGAACCAAUAUCAGUAUUUAGGUUUCUGUUGAAUCUCGAGUCCUAUCUUACUCCCCCCCCCAUAAAAUCAGGGUGUGAUAAGGACUCAUGCUUUGCUUUACAUAAUUUCAGCCACUUUGGUGUAGAGUUGCGCUAAGGCUUCUUUAGCUACCAUACAGCUAGCAUAAGUUGAGACGUUUUACAGAUAACAACAGUUGAUAUAGAACACACAUGAUUGAAUGAAGACAAUUUGAUGGGGAAAUACUGUGAGCAAUAACGUAAGGUUCUCUGAUAUAAAAUAAAAUAUUGACAUGUACAUUUUAAAUCUGAGGUUUACAUACAAUACAAUACAAUUUGAAACAAAAAUUAAAAGAGAAUUCACAUUAUACAAAUUCUGUUUAGGGGGUUAAACAACCAAAUGCACGUUGCAUAAAGCAACCAUUUUUUGCAGAUUCAAGUUCCUUGUGUAUUUGUAUGUACAUGUGAGCCAGUGCACACACACAAAAGUGUAUAGCAGUCAUCCAAUAAAUAAUGUCCCUGCUAAAGUUAAAACCAAAUCUAUACUGUUUCGUUAAAGGACAGUGAACCCUACUACUUAGCGUCACUCAAACCACUGGGGAGCACUACAUGCAGCAGUUAACUAAUUAAUAAGGUCUAAUGCAGACAGAAGACCCUUUCUAAGUCCCACUCCUUCACGCUGUGUGCUCCAAUAUAGGCUGAGCAAGCCUCGGGCAGAACCUCUGUCAACUUUCUCCUUUUCUGUACACAAGCGUGAACCUAUUCUGACGUCACCCAUUGGUUUUUGCGAAUACCAUUCUGAAUCCUUAAGUUUGUCAUUGUGGCAUUGACCAUGUCAGGUUUUUUUGGCUGUACUUAGUUUCAACCCAUCCAUAGCAGGAAGGGUGGCUCGCCUGGUCACACACAAUCUCGUAUUACAAUUAGCAGUACAACAAAAUAUGUUUGUGUCAACGCAGUAACAGAAUCUGGAUUCAUAUCUGAUCAGCACUGCCCAGUUUGACAGUUUGAUCUGAGUUUGGUGCGUUAAGCGGACUCAAUGAGAAUAACUUGACAAUCACAAGGUAGCCACACCCUAAAGCAUACCCUACUUUAUGGUCUAUUUUACUGUAAAUGGGACCAUCAUUUACUCAAUGAACAUCAUGCUGUAUGGAAGAAGACUGAAACUAGAGACCAUAAACUCAUUAGGAAACUGUUUACUGAGCUCAUAAAUCAUAUCAGAAGUCGGCUCAUUUCUCCAUAAGACUCAUUACUGUCACACUUCUUUUUUGCAACCCAUGGAGCUGCCAUCUGCUGGUCAUUAGAAAGAAUUGCAGGUUUAAGACGAUUUCAUGUUGGUUCACUUCACAGACCCAGAAGCUCUGUCCACUAAUUAUCCUGCCAGUGGCUAUGUCAUGUGUUAGGCUGUCUGUGUUGAAAAGACAACCAAAUUUUGAACAUUAGCUUUCCAAUGUAACUAGCUUGCUAAGGAUUGACGUAGAAUAGUUAGAUUUUAGCUAGCAUUUUUGCUAACAUUAGUUAGAGCAAAAAGGGGUGGGACUUAAGAAGGGUACAUUUUCAGCAACCACUGCUGAUAAUAAUUUUCUUAUAUACACGUUCAUGAAGUAUGUAAGUAUGUACCUUUACUUGGUAUUAUUUCCUCUGACAUAUGUCUACAAUUAGCAGUGCAUGUCUUUACAUUGUCUUAACCUCCAACCUAUAGGUUACCUGGAGCCCACAACAUUUAUGUGUUUCUGUUUCUGUUCAAUUUUGGUAGAAUGCCAUUUCACAAAUGGUACAAUCACACUUGUAAACAAUGCAUUGUUUAUUUAUUUGUGAAAUUUUCAGCUUGCAUGCCACAAAUGAAAUGAAAUUGGUUCAAUCUAGCAAAGGCAGAGUAAGCUAUAUGAUAUCGUGUAUUGGAACCGAAGAGGGUGACUUACUGGGAAUAUGUUUGGUUUCUUUGUGUUCAUUUACAGGUUAAUAACUGUUACAACUGUGAAACUGCUAUUGAUGGCAAUGAGAUGGGUUCUCCAAAUAACCGUUUGUGUAAUCUCACCCAGGAUAAAUUUAGUCAUACUAUUGAGAUUAGUGAUUUUUGUCCCUGUGAUGCUUAAAACUGCAGUAGGUAAAUUUUAUGAAAAUAGUUUUUUGUCAUAUUUUGCUAAAACUUUCACUAUAUCCUGACAGUAGUACACGAAACAGAUAAUCUGUGUAUAAAUCAGGUUCCUCUGGCUCCUCCUAGUGCUCCUAAUGGUAUUUGCAAUAAUCCACAGGGAAACGAAAACAACCAAUCAGAGCCGAGAAAGAUUGGUUGUUGAGUCUCAUUCCCAGGUUGUCAAAUACCAAUAAUUUGGAUAAAAAAUUAACACUAACAUAUUUCAGUCAGCCAACUCACGUUUGAAAUGUGUAUUAUAGCAGUAUAGCGUAUUUCGAUUUUGGCAUCUAGGCUCCGACCUCAUCACUCCCCACAAAUAUGUUUCCAUAGAGAUAUUGGGGAGUGAUGAGCAAAUACCUUAACCCCCUAGCUGGAGCCUACAGGUGGAGGCUGGGGUGGUGGUGGGGCUUACAGAGCAGCAGGCAGCAAUACAGAUGCAUGGCAACAGUGGCAUUGACAGAGCAGAGGGAGAGCUGGGAAAUUGUGCAGCUUGAAUAGACCGCCAGAUUGGAAGGGUGAGCUUGGUUCGUGAUUAUGGAGUAAGGCAAGUCGUGUGUAUAUCAGCGCAGCUCGAGUUGACUGCCUGAACUAGCUCGCAGGCUCCGCUCCAUAUUCUCAUGCACUACUGUCAUCAUAUAGUGACAGUUACAGCAUAUAUAUAGACUUGUUUUUUUUAGUUACUUACUGCAGCUACCUUCAGCUUACUUUGGAUAUACACAAGUUGAGCACUGCCGUCAUAGGAAUUACUUUUUAGUUAUCACAUUCAGGAAAUAGUUGGCUAUAUUAUUUUUUAUUUUGUUUUUCUUUCUUUCUUUCUUUCUUUAAAUAAAUCUGUGAAAUUAUAAUAGCUAAAUAGGAUUUUUAUUGUUUAUAUUGUUUAUUAUUUAAUUAUUACUUUGGCCAGAGGCAUAGAGUUUUUUAGGGGGAGCCCUUCUACUCAGUAUUUAGAAUAGAGCCUGACCGAUUUUAGAGGGGAAAAACGAUUGGUUGUUUUUGUUCAGGCCCGGUGGAUUCUUGCAAGUGACCUACUGCAGCUUUAAACAGAGGGUUUAUGAAGAAAUAAAUAAAACAGCUGAAAAAUGAUCCGCGACAGGAGGACUUACUUUUAUAAUAGCAUACAGGUUAUUGUAGGUGAAUAACCUGUCCCUUACAAUGUGAUAGUACAAAGACCAAACUCUGUUUGCAAUUGUGUGAAUUUUGUAAUUGUACUGUUGAACCUACAUUUUUAUAAGAAAAUAAAAUCAUUCUACAUUUGC